AUGGGUAUCUUCAGCAAGAACAAUGAUACUUUGUCCGUGCCACAGGCGCACGCUCCCGACGUGAAGCUCACCAAAGAUGAUCAGUUCAAAUUUAGAUCCACCUCCAUUCACGACCCCGUUUUGGAAGCAGUGCAAGAGGCUCAACCGUUUGAGCAGGCCGCAGACACGUCUCAGGAUGAUCCAAACCGACAAUCGUACUACUCCGGGGAACACGAAGGUGACCACCCCAGAGAUGUUUUUGGCCAGCCCAUCCACCAGCCUGACGUCUCCAACCCUACGCGGGCCAGAGACGAAAGACCGCUUGACACCAUCCGUGGUUUCGAGUAUGCCAUCUCAGGCGACCCUUCGUGGGGUCAGAGACUCGAGACCCACCAGUACGGGUUUCGCGUAAGGCCUGAUUUCCCGCAGUUUGGCAACGUGGAUCCACACGCGAUGAAUGCCUCCCAGCAAGGCUACUUGCAAGACCAGGCGGUUUACACGGCGCCGGCGCCUAACGCCAUGUCUGAAGGUGGCAAGAAGAAGAAGAGAGGUCUUUUUGGCCGUAAGAAAAAAUGA